UCUCUCUCUCGUCUGACCCGUUCCCCUCCGCCCCUCCGCCAUCCGCCUCUCCUCUCCUCCUCCGCCCCACCGCCACCAGGGCGAUCCAUCUCUCCAUGCCGCCCCGGUAGCCUCCGCCUCUCCCCCCAACCCCUCCGGCGGACCGGCAGCCCCCCGCUGCGCUCGCCGGCGACCUCGUCUCCACCCACGCCUCGCGGGCCCUCCCCUCGGCGGAAACCCUAGAACCGCGAGAUCCGUCGCCGCCGCCGUUGACCGCCACCAGCGGGAGCGGGACGUCCCCGACGCCUGGCCAAGGGAAUUGCUGCCGACCUCGUCCCUCCCGUACCCCGUCGCGACCCCUCCUCAAACCCUACCCCCUCCUCCCCGACCGAAGGUCCAAGGACACCGCCGCCGCCUCCAUCUGCCCCGUCGCCCCCUCCGCGACUUGAAUCAGGUUGCAGAUGAAUCAGACUGAGAUCUCUGGUUUGGAAUUCACUGGCUUGCAUGAUACUCAUGUUGGUGAAGAAUCAUAUGCAACUGAAUUUCCUGAAAUGAAUCAGGAUCUAUCCCACAAAACCGAAUUUGAUGUGGUUAUGGCAACUACAGCCAUGCACAGUGGUUCUGGCAAUUCCUAUGCUUGCUUAGAUGGAUACGAAGAUACAAGGAUGAUGUCAGGAAUUCAGGCCGUGAAGGAAGUUAGACAUGGCAGUACGCAGCACCUUGAGGGAACAUAUUCUGAUUCCGAUGAAGAAAACUUGUCAUCUAGUCCUGAAACUUCAUCCACCACUAAUUACGGUUACAUGGAACCAAAUUUGGAAAAUAUGUACAAUGCUUUGGGUGAAAUGGUUGAUAAAGAAGGGGCGGUUGUGCUUAAACCUGACUUUGUGAUGUGCGACACGGCCCUGCAUUAUCAGCCUCACUUAAUUUUUUCACCAGAUGGGUUCAAAAUUGAACAUUCGGAUUGUGAUCCAUAUGAAGAUGAUAAGACGAUAGCUCUAUGUUGGGAUGUUUGUGACAUCAUUUCCAUUAAUAGUCAAUGGACUCAGAGUGUUAUAUCUGCCUCUGUAACUCUCCUUAUUAGACCCAGUGCAGAGACCGAAAGUUCAGAUCCUAUUAGAGUGGAGUUUAUUCUUACAGAUCCACAGUGGCCACGAAAACAAGAGAAGAUCUGUCAUAUGGCAUCAAGAUAUCGUGACAUCUGGAACAACACUCCAUCAGAGGAUUUUGCGUUGGAGAACCGGAGCACUGACCCAAGUUUAUUUUUCCCGAAACAGUACUUUUCUGGCAUUGACGACUUUGAAGAUGUUAUCUAUCCUAAAGGAGAUCCGGAUGCUGUUUCUAUUAGCAGCAGAGAUGUUGAUUUGCUUCUACCUGAAACAUUUGUCAACGACACAAUAAUUGACUUUUAUAUCAAAUACUUGAGCACAAGAAUGAAGACCACCGAGAAGAGCAAGUACCAUUUCUUUAAUAGCUUCUUUUUUCGCAAGCUGGCAGAUCUUGACAAAGAUCAAGGGAGAGCUCCAGAGGGUAGAUCAGCUUUUUUACGUGUCCGCAAGUGGACCCGAAAAAUAAACAUAUUUGCGAAGGAUUUUCUAUUUAUUCCAGUGAACUUCAGCUUGCAUUGGAGCUUGAUUGUUAUUUGUUAUCCUGGAGAAGUGGAAACAUCUGAAGAUGGUGAAGCAAAAAAGCAUGGUAAAGUUCCAUGUAUAUUACAUAUGGAUUCUCUUAAAGGAAAUCACAGUGGACUGAAAGACAUUAUUCAAAGUUAUCUAUGGGAAGAGUGGAAGGAAAGGCACCCUGAAUCAGCAUUAGAUAUUUCAGACAAAUUCUUAAAUCUGAGAUUCGUCUCCCUUGAGCUCCCUCAGCAAGAUAACUCAUUUGACUGUGGCCUGUUCCUUCUCCAUUAUGUGGAACGCUUUCUGAUGGAUUAUCCCAGUAGCUUCAACCCUAUGAAGAUAUCAGUAUCCUCAACCUUUCUCAGUGAUGGUUGGUUUGAACCCGCUGAAGCUUCUCUGAAGCGUUCAUUGAUCCGGAAGUUAAUCCAGGAGCUAGUGACAGUACCUUCUCAAACUUUUCCGGAACUAACCUGUGGCAGCGAGCAGUUUGAUGAAAGUUAUCUAGGAAGAGAAAAUGCUGAGCCUGAAGCAGCUAGAGAGUUCCUUGCUCAGGGGUGCUCUGCUGGUGAAUCUGACUCACUUUGCCAAAUUCCUGGAACACAGCAACAAUCCACAUCCGUCUGCUUUAAUGAUUCUGGAAAUGUUCUACCUGUUCCUGGAUGCAUUUUAGAGACUGAAGGGGUUACAACAUUUGCUGUACAGGACACACAGGUUUGUCCACCCGACAAUGAUAUUGCCAUCUGCAUGCCAAGCCAGGCUGUUGAAAAUGAGCCACCUCCUGCGGAUUAUGAUAAUAAACCUGACCUGAGAUCAUGUGCCCCAGAAGAUGAUGAAGCGUUGAAGGAUGAUGGUUGUGUGGUAAAAGGUCAGGACACUUUUGAGGAAUCCAUGCUGGAUUGUUCGCAUAAUAACCAGACAAUUUCUAGCCACGCAGAAGUUAUGAUGCAUGAUAUUAUGGAUUCCAAGUGUGGCUCAUUCUCUAUUAACUCCGCGGCAAUGGCCUACAAAGAACAGAGCUUAGAAACAAGCAUAAAUGAAGUUCUGUAUGAUUGCUGUGAUGUUUCCGAGGAUAUGGAUCCUGUCAUGAUGUCUGAUGCCAGGGAAGUUGACAUUGCACCUGAUCCAGCAAGCACCAAAGACGAAGCUGACAAUGGCAGAUGUGAUCUCCCGGAUGUCAUGGGAUCUGUUGUGGCUGGUGAUAUAGAAGGGAAUACUUCUGAGCAUUCUUCAGAAAGAAACAUUAUUGAAGAUGAGGAGGCCAAGGGUGAUAUUUCUCUCAUAGUAUGUGAUUUGAACAAUGAUGUUGCUGAGCAGUCUUCACCCGUGGUAUGUGAUUUGAACAAUGAUGUUGCUGAGCAUUCUCCCGCAACAAUUGCUGUCGAAUCUGAGGACGCGAAACAUGAAGAGACUUCUGUGGAUCUCAAGGUAGAAGAUGAUAUCGAAGUUGGCAUGGAGGAAACUUGCGCCGCUGCGGAUAAGAUCAGUGAUGGUAUGCGGCAUAUUUCACCCGAGUCCAAAGAGGGAAACAUUGACAGCGCUGUUCCCCAUGAGCCGAAAGAGGGAGAGACUAGCAGCAUCGUGUCAGGUGACAGUAAAAAUUGGAGUGAUGAAGCUCAUGUGGAUAGUGUGGAUGCACAUGGUAACGUAGGACCAGGAGCAGGCGAGACAGUUCCUUGUGAAGUUGACACUAACCAUACCGAUGCUGAGAUGCCUGACAUUGAUAGCGCCUUGUGCGUGAAGAAUGAAACAGUUUGCGAGGACACACCCUGUGAUGCUAAAAGGCCUCUUCCUGAUGGCAUCUCCAAAGAUCAGAAGAUGGAAGUUUGCGAGGACAAACCGAAUGAAGCAGUUUGGGAGGACAAACCCCGUGAUGCUAAAAGGGCUCUUCUUGCCAGCACCUCUGAAGAUCAGAAGAUGGUAGCUUCAGAGGACAAACCGAAUGAAGCAGUUUCUGAGGACAAACCCUGCGAUGCUAAAAGGCCUCGUCUUGCCAGCACCUCUGAAGACCAGAAGAUGCAAGUUUCCGAGGACAGGUGCUCGGAGGACGUCGAGUCUACCGCCGAGAAGACAGAGCGGCGCAAUAAGCGUCGCAAGGGCACCGUGCCGACGCCGACGCCGGCAACAGAUAAGCGACGAACGAGGAGCUCCUCAAUGCCACGGUUUCUGGGUUAGAAUCCGGGUUUCCUUUGGCAGUGUUGACGAUUACUUGUCUGUAAUAGGUGACUUCUCUAGGGUUCCUAGAACCUCUCUCCCUCUUGAUCUGUAUGAUAGUUAGCUGCCUGCCUGACUGAACCUGCUACCUUUUGGCGUAUGCCUGAAUUUAGCUGUGAAGUGCCCUGCAACGCAACGUUCUAGCAUGUUAUUAUUAUACUACUCAGUUUA